CUGGAGUUACACAUGCAUCAAGUUUGAGGAUGUGAUCCACAGAGAUUGUGUCAGUGUUGUCAGUGCUAAACUGACUUCCAAUGAAGGAGACUUCUGGAUUGAUGCUCUCACAGUAAUAAAACAGGAUCCCUUUGAUUAUGAAUCAGAUGAUAUGGUGAACAUGAUUAGACGACAGCCGAGACCUGGAGGUCAAUUACUGAAAGGUAUUGAUGUGACAAAGGUUAACAAUGAUGAUGGCAGUGUCAGCUAUGGUAUAACCCUGGAUCCUCAAGAAUGUGGCCAUGAAUUGCCCCGUUUCAAACUAUUUGGAAUUGAAGAGCAGAACAACAAGUUCCUGAUAGGAUCAGGCGGAGAGAUGACCAAUGAAAGGCUGACUGCUGCUAGUUACCCUGUGGAUGGUUCAGUCACAUUCGGGUUCAUGGGCAAGUCGAUCAGUGUGCCAGUCAGAGCAACAGCACUAGAAAUCGAACAAAUAUUUGGAGACAAUGGAGAAGAUGUGGAUGUUGUACAUAUUGGCAACUGUUCCCACUUUGAGUGGCAUGUAACAUGGGUCUCACGUACAGGAAACCUGCCAGAAAUGACGGCAGAAUCUGUUGGCCUGACGGGCAAUAUCCCAGAUAUGGCAAUAUCAACUAUGAUCCAUGGCUGUACAAAAUUAAAGGAGCUUGGAGGUGACUGGACAUGCGCAGCUGAGGAAGGAGAACAGGUGACAAGUUCAAUCAAUGGCAUACCGGCGGCCUGUGGUGGGAGUUGUACGUUUACCUAUUCCAGUGAUAUCACACCGAUUAUUACUGGUUUAAGUCCACUCCAAGGAUCACAAGUACUUGGCACGGUUCUGACGGUGACAGGCAUAAGGUUCAGUUCAACACCUACAGUGCGGAUUGGUAAUGUCUUGUGUGAAGUAAUUUCUUUCAAAAGCACUGAGAUCCAGUGUAAUGUUCCUAAUGCACCCUCAGGACCUUCCAAUGUUGCUGUCCAUAUUGAUGGGGUUGGAAAUGCUCCCAUAGAUUCAUCAACUCAGUUUACCAUCUUGGAGGGUGUUCAGACUAUAUCUCCAGAACUGGGAAGUCUGGGAGGUGGAACAAUAUUGACGUUGACUGGCUACGGUUUUCAUCCAGAUGCCACUGUGAAAGUGGGAGGAAAUCCUUGUCAGGUGACAUCAAUUGAGUCAGGACAGAUUAUUUGUACCACACCUGGUUCGGACACAGCAGGUGCAAAGGAUGUUGUGGUAUCUAACCUCAACCAGGAUUUGACUUCAGAUACACAGUUCACCUAUGACACAUCCUCUACCUCUCAACUUCUCUCUGCUUCACCAUCCAGUUCCAGUGUUCUUGGCGGUGGUACGUUUACACUCUCCGGUGUUAACUUUGGAACAUCACCAUUAGUUCUGAUUGGUGAUAUCUCAGCAAAUGUAACAGCAUCUACAGACACCUCCAUCACUGGUAUCUUCCCAUCACAGGGAGUUGGAUCCUACCCAAUCAAAGUCAAAGUUGGCAACAAUGGCUAUGCAGUAAGAGGACCUGGUGUGGCAGAUGUUAGCUACACAUUGACUUUGGAUGCUAUUUCACCUGUGGAGGGAUCCCUGUUUGGACGGACUGUCAUCACAGGUGUUGGUCAAGGUUUCGGUACAAAUGCCGACAACCUAACUGUUUUAGUUGGUACAACUCCAUGUGAUGUGUUGGAAGUGACAGACACCCGAUUCGAAUGUCGGAUACGAUACACUGUCAAAAAUCAUACCGUGGACAAUUCCGGACACUCAAGUACCCUAGGGCUUGGAUUUGCAUGGAAUCCUUCUCCUGUCUAUGUUGAGACCGGAGAUUAUGUGGAGAUUUCUUGGUCAGGAAAUACACCAUAUAAUACUUUUAAAAUUCAGCAGAUUGAUGGACCAAAUGGCAACAUAGUAACUGGUGGAUUUAAAAGUGGAGCUGCUGUCAGGACAGGUACCUUCCGUAUCCAGAUGACAGAACCAGGAGAUAUUUAUUACACUAGUAAUGAUAAUGAUGGGAUACAGUUUUAUGGGAAAAUAGAAGUUGCUCCAAAGCAAUCCUAUGAAGUUGAUGUACAAGUCCAUUUAAAUGGCUUUGAGGCUACUUACAACCUACAUUCAGGUAUCCUAAUUCCCUAUCAUUGAGGAGAGUGUGGUGUGGUAGAAUCACCAAUUGCUGGAUGUAGUGCUACAAUAACAUCUGGUGGAAGCUCUGAUAAAUUCAAUUAUGUGUUCAGUGAAUGCCGAGCAGGGGAGGUAACCGACAUAAUAUGCGAUAAAGACAUGGUAACCCUUAGAGGAAGUGGAUGGAGCAGCAUACCAUGUCAGAAUAUGAUCAAUAUUGGUAGUCAUGUCUGUUCAGUUACGAGCGCUAACGCUACUGAAGUCAAGUGUCAGAUUAACACUACAUCACCAACAGAAAUGGAGACUUUUGUGAAUUAUGAAGUGUCAGCCUUUGUAGCCGGUCGUGGAGCCUCCCUGAACAAGGUGACGAAUCCAACAUGUGUCCUACGACCAUUUGUCCGUGACUUCUCACCAUUGUCCGGUUCUUCGCUUGGAGGAGGAACGAUGACCAUCAAUGGUGUUGGACUUACAAAUACCAGAGUUCAAAUUGGGGCUUUCCCCUGUUCGAUUGUCAAUCAGACAUACACACAAAUAAAUUGUACUAUCCCACAAGGCAGUGUUGGACAAGCUCAGGCUGUACAAGUGAUUUCAACUAUACACAAUUCUCAGUACAGCUGUUUGCAAGACUGUGAAUACAUCUACAGCAAUGAACUACGGCUCAUAAGUAUAACACCAACGACUUUAGAUGGGUCAACAAUGACAACAUUUACAGUGCACGGGAACGGCUUUGGUACGGACAGUUCAGUCUUGGCAGUGACAAUUGGGUCAGAGGUCUGUGCUGUGACAGCUGUAAAUGAUAAAGAGAUAACUUGUGAGAGGCAGCAUUUACCACUAGGUGGACACCUUGUCAGUGUUACACAUAACUCAGAAGGAGUUGCUGAACAGGCAGGAAGUGUUACUGUAGAAAGUAUUGGCAUGCUUACAAAUGUGAUUCCUUCAGUUGGAAGUGAAAAAGGCAAUACCAGUAUCACAUUGAAUGGGAAUGGCUUCAUUGAUGGUGACACAUCUGUUACUAUAAAUAGCAUUCCUUGUGUCAUUUCAUCAACAACUUUGUCUUCUGUAAUAUGUUGGACCCCCAGUGGUACUGGUACACAAACAAUAGCUGUUACAGUGAGCAGUUCACUUUAUCCACAGACUCUGGAAUUUGGAUAUGAUUUGAAUAAAACACCAAGAACAACAGGUGUAGAUCCAUUGGCUGUGACGGGGAACACACAAAUAACAAUAACGGGGACUGGCUUUUCAGCAUAUGAUGGAGAGAACUUGGCUCUUAUUGGUAAUGAUCCAUGUCCAGUUUUAACACAAAGUGAUACAGAAAUUGUCUGCACUGCUGGAACACAUUCUGCGGGGACCUUUCCUGUUUCUUUGUUUAGAACAGGAUAUGGAAGAGCUGACGGUGACUUCAGUGUAACAUAUGGAUUUGAAGCCUCUGGAAUUAAUCCAGAUUCAGGAGGUUUACCAGGAGGUCAAGCAGUAUAUGUCACUGGCCAAGGAUUUGAACCUGAGACAACAGUUACAAUUUGCGGAGAACAAGCACGUGUCUUGGAAUUAAGAUCACCAUCUUUACUGAUAGUCGAGACACCUGUGUCCACAGGAGAGGUUGUUUGUGACGUCCUUGUAACGUCUGGUACCCAAGUUAUCACAUUGGCAAGUAGCUACUCCUAUCAAUCGAACCUUGCAGCAGAAAUAACGUCUGUCAUUCCAGCCUUUGGAGGCACAGAUGGAAAUACAUUAGUGACAAUAACAGGAACUGGAUUUAGAUCUGUGCUGGAUGGAGUGACAGUAACAAUGGGAGGUGUGCCGUGUUCUGUCCAAUGGGAGUCAGACACGGAGGUCAGGUGCCUCACUGGGCAAAGACAGGGUUCUGUCAGCACAUUCGUGGAGCUGCGAAAUGCGAAUGGAAUGGCACGGCAGACAAAUGCUAACUUUGAGUAUCUGGAUAUUUGGUCCUCUCCAACGUCAUGGGGUGGUUUACCUCCACCAGUUGAACAGGAUUUUGUCGUCAUUCCAUCUGGCCAAACGAUACUGUUGGACGAAUCAACACCAAUUCUUAAGAUACUUCUAAUUCAGGGAGGAACAGUAAAAUUUGCUGAAAAGGAUAUAGAACUCAACACUGAAAUCAUCUUGAUAACAGACAAUGGUACCCUUCAGGUAGGAACAGAAACACAGCCAUUUCAGCACCAAGCUACCAUCAUUUUACAUGGCAGUAUUUCAGAUUUGGGGAUACCAAUUUAUGGUACAAAGGGAAUCUUUGUACGCAAUGGAAUCCUAGAUAUUCAUGGUAAAAGUUCGCCAAGGCCAUGGACGAAACUUGCCCAAACUGCAGAUAUUGGAAGCGACAAAUUGUAUCUACAGGAGGAUAUUGGUGCAUCUGUUAAUGAUGAUGUUGUUGUGUCAACAACUGGUGGUCGACACUCACAAGCAGAAACAGAGGUCAGAUCAGUUGAUGCAGUGUCUGAUAAUGGAAAAAUCUUGACCCUGAAUAAACCCUUGGAAUACAAGCAUUUGAGUACGAGAGAGUGGUUUGGAGACAUAUCUGUAGAAUAUAGGGGAGAGGUUGGCUUACUGACAAGGAAUGUUGCUGUAAAGGGAUCGGUUAAUAAACAAUUCUCAGAGACAAUAGAAGCUUGUGGAGAUGGCUUUGACACAGGCGAGUUUGCGACUCAGACCUGUUUCCAAGGGCGCUUUGGCGACGAAGUGGGAAGUGAUCAAUUUGGAGGUCAAAUUUUGAUUCAUUCUUCAAAUUCUUUGGGUCGUUUAUCGAACUUUGAAAUCAGUCAUGCUGGACAAGCCUUCCGCCUUGGUCGUUAUCCAGUCCACUUUCACCUGGCAGGAGAUCAGUCAAAUUCUUAUGUGCGUGGACUCUCCAUCCAUCAUACAUUUAAUCGUGCAGUGAAUGUUCAUGCAACUUCUAAUCUAUUGAUUGAAAGUAACAUAAUAUACAAUGUCAUGGGCGGAGCCUUUUUCCUGGAGGAUGGAGUGGAGAUAGCUAAUACUUUUGAAAACAAUGCUGCCAUCUUCGUAAUAGGCAGUUCAAGUCUUUUAAAUGAUGACCUCACCCCUGCUGCUUUCUGGGCCACCAACCCAAAUAAUACAUAUAGACACAAUGUUGCCGCAGGAGGAAGCCACCUUGGUUGGUGGUACAGACUUAAAGAACAUCCUGAAGGACCGUCUGCAGACUUCCCUGUUAUCCCAUGGAAAGUGCCGUUGGGGAUACAUGAGGACAAUGAAGUACACUCUGUUGGAUGGAUUGGAAUUUGGAUAUUUGAGGCAUAUGAUCCACGGGAAAAUGGUAACGAAGAUGGUCUUUCAGUACCUGCAACAUUCAGAAGGUUUUUUUCAUGGAACUGUAACAAGGGUUUUGAGGCUGUCGAUAUAGGAAGUUUGGAAUUAGUGGACUUUAUUUUAUCCAACAUGGAAACAGCAGCUGCUGAAAUAAAGCUUUUAAUCAGUAGUGAUCAGAGUAUUCACAGAGUAUAUAACAACACCUUUAUAGGCAGAAGUACUCUUCUUGAACAAGAGCCGCUGGAGCAGGAUGAGGUAAGGAGUGGAUUGGUAUUAAGUUACAGAGGAAAGCCUUUCGAAGUGAACUCAUCAACAUUUUACAAUUAUGAUGUAGAGGGAUCGGUGGCAAUUUCAUGGUCUACCAUACAAGGAAUUUGUAUAGAGGAUUGCAGUGGUUGGAGCUAUACUUUGUAUGCAACAACCUUCACCGAUUGUGUGAAUCUAAUAGGAUUUGAAUGGGAAUACCAAGCAGCUGUGUAUGACAUCGAUGGAUCACUGACUAAUGUUCCUGGCAGUGUAGUUGUACCUCAGAGUGAUUGUAAUCCAGACAGCUGUGUUCCUGGCUCUGCUGGGCUUUCUGCUGGUAGAAGGAAUGCUGCCGUCUGUCCAGAAGGACUUGAAUUUGGUAACUUUGGUUUUAACAGCUUAUCGCCUGAUUCCCUUUCAAAAAAGAAUGCUGUGCUCACGAAUGACUUCGGUACUUGUUACGUACCUUAUCAUUUGCAUCGGGUUGAUUUUCCACAGGGCUAUAUGGCUUUGUUGCUCUUAAACCAAACAUACCAUUUAAGCUUUGAAGAUGCCUUUCAGGUAUCCAACCUCAGCUAUUCUGCUGGCUUCGACCUCAAGCCGUAUACCUACGUCAUUAUAUGUCAAGUGCUAGAGACCAUGCCAGACAGGUUCUAUUACUAUAUUGGAAGUGAAUGGUGGCCGAGUUCAAGCCACCCGCUGGACCCAAAUGUCAAUUUAGAUGGGGAUUGGUAUUAUGAUGAAACUGAGAAAAAUUUCUGCUACCUUGUGAGCUGGAACAAAAAUCAGAGCAGAAACGUAAAAGACCAACUCUUCAUCAACGCCUUUAAGUGUGCUCUGAAAGAUUGUGAACCAGUGGACCCUAACAGCAUUGCUCCGGUGUGUACUGGAGAAAACCCCACAAUGUGGUCUGAAAUUGAAUGGGGAAAUGUGCAAAGGCAAAAUUGCUAUACUUGGAAUGAGGACGAUUCAACAUGUAUGCCGCCCACUGACAAUGAUAAUGUUCUUGUCCCUGAAGAUGAAUGGUGGGUGCUGGAUACUAGUCCUCCAGUAUUUAACGAGCUUCAUAUCUAUGGAUCAUUGGAAGUUAAGCAAGAAGCUGAGGGAAUUGAGAUCACUGCAACUUACAUAUACAUCUUUAAAGGAAGGUUUAUAAUUGGUUGUGAUAUGGCUAACCCUUUCACGGGAUCAGUCGUUAUCAGCUUAAAAGGUGACAUCAAUACACCAGUAUUUCAAAAUCCUGUUGGACACAGAACACCUACUUUAGGGUCAAAAUUUAUUGCUGUGUUUGGAGCAUUGAUGUUGAAUGGUUUGACCAACAUUAGAACAUGGACAACCAUAACCAGAACUGCCCUCGCUGGUAGUAAAACCAUGUAUUUAGCUGAAGUUGUUGACUGGAACGUAAAUGAUGAGGUCAUCAUCACAGCAACUAGAUUCAAGAUAGAGGAGGCUGAAUAUGCAACAAUAGAAGCGAUACAGAAUUCAGUCAAUGAUCAGGGUGAAAGCUUUUCAAUUCUAACUCUGAAGGAAACACUGAUGUAUGACCACUUGUACACAAAAGAGACAUUUGACAAUGGGCAGUUUUAUAUCAUGGCUGGUGAGGUGGGAAGGAUUACUCGCAACAUUCGAGUGGAAUCAAAACCUUAUGACAAUAUGCAAGCAGAAGCAUAUGGGGGGCAUAUUAUUGUCAGCCAAGUUCAGUAUGAAGACUAUUUGAUACAAGGAUACGCCAGAAUUUCUGGCGUACAGUUUCAACGCCUGGGUAAGCUAGGUUAUACAGAUCCCAAUGACCCACGACAAGCACUUGUGUUUAAGGACACUGGGGAUGCUUCAAAUCCUGAUAAGCCUAGCUUUGUCGUUGGAUGCAGUUUUCAGAACAGUUCUGGCAUGUCCUUGAUGGCUAUAGGCGCUGAUAAUUUGUUCAUCGAACAGAAUGUGUUCUCCUAUAGUGUUGGAUCUUCACUUUGGAUCUCGGCGGACCGUGUCAGAAUAAACUCUAAUUUGAUGCUUGGAUUCCAAUUUCCUGGAACUUAUAAUAACCGAUAUGAGGCUAGUAACAUUAAUGUGGAUGGCCUUUUACAUAUUAACCCAGAAGAAGCCACAAAUAUGUGGCUUUCGGGAAAUUCCAUGUCGUCUUCGGAGAGAGCUUGCAUCUAUGGAGGCGCUGAACCUGUGAUUCCAGGAAGUCCUAUCCCAGCAUGGUCUGAUAAUACCUGUCACUCUUCGUUGAUGGGAAUUAUGCUUUUUCCAAAUACGGUUUCAAACUGGGAAUAUGGAAAAUACCAGUUCUCCAACUUUUUUCUAUACAAGAUCUAUCUUUAUGGAAUGUACAUUAACACACAUACUAUAAGUAUCAAACUUUCUAACAAUACGUUAGUGGAUGACAGAUUCGGUAUAUUCACAUUUUUGAUUGGUCCACCAUCUGUUGAACACAUGUUUGAUUAUGAUCAAAGCGCGGAAAUAGAAGAUUCACUGUUCGUUGGGUACUCUUUGGGUGAUACUGAUUGUACAAACAACCUGGUUGACACUUCCGCAGGCUAUUACAGAGUUUCUGUGGAGGGUACUGCACCUGGAUUUAGUGCCAGGCCACACGAUUACUUUGGUAUAUCAUUGCCAAUUUGUACAAGUGGAACAAAUAAUUCUCCUGACAAACCUUUAAAUAAGAUUAUGAACUACAAUUCCAUCGGCUGUAAUUUAACAAUGAAAGGGAACACAUUUGCCAAUUAUAACUCUGAUAAAUGCGAAGGAUAUAGGGCAGUAGCUAUAACCACAGCUCCGAGCAACGAUGAUUUUGCCCACCCAUUGAAAGCUUCUUCAACAAAGUGGUAUAAUACAGAUUUGGAUUCUAAAACAGGAUUUAAAAUCCCAUCCAUUACGAUGAUUAAUCCCACAGACUGUGUUGAUAUGGACUGUGACGGCUAUAGAAGCCCUUCCAUAAAGGAUAUGGAUGGCUCGUUUACUGAAACUGGUGUCAGAUCAGAUAUUUUUGGAUUCAUGGAAUUUGAAUUUGAUGGUGACCCACGUCGUGGAAUAGGAAAUUACAGAAUUCCUAAAUCCAUGUUGACAAGCCCAGAUGGUGAAAGAAUCCAAUAUGAAGAAUUGUACCAAGGUUUAGGCAUUCUUCGUGAUGAAAGCUGCGUGAAAAAUGAUGUGUCACGUUUUUGGCAAUGUUCUGGAUAUGACCUCCAACUUGUAGUAGCAGAGAGCAUGGAUGACGAUACAGAGACUCGGAGAUUAUCCCCUGUGGCAAUAAAUAAUGCUGGUCGUGGUGAUGAUGGGAAGUAUCUCCAGUUGGUAAAUGGUCCACAGGAUCAUGGAUGGUGUUUAGGAUACACCUGCAUGAAACGUCUGUCCACCUUUUCAUUUCUAAUCGCUGAUGAAACAAGUGCUGUAAUUUAUUUCUCAUCGACUUCGCCCAAAGAGCUUCGCUUCCAUAUGCCCAUGUCACACCCCAGCAGCACAAUCGUGAUUGGAGUGUAUUACACUUUCACUAAUAGUCUAGAUGUGUAUGUCGAUGGGAAUCUUGUAAAUCCCAAAAAUAGUAAGAUGGAAAAUGGUGAGAAUGUCCUUCAGCAUCCUUCGUCAAAGCCUGAUGGCUACUUUAUGCCCAAUUUGACAGAUGCCUGUGGUACCAAUUUCUUGAAUAGAUCUACUAAUCUGCUUUACUUAAUUCUGCAAGGAGGAAAGAUUGUUGAUAUUAAGACAAAGGAUGCCAUCACCCUUUCUUUAGAUGUUUUUGUAGAAUUGACUGAAGCUGAGUUUUUUGGAGAAAAUAUUGUGAGAAAUUUAGCAGCUUUUCUGCUUGUUCCCCAAUCAAAAGUACGUAUUCUAGAUAUACAAAGGUCAGAUCAAGGAUCCGCUCGAAGGAAGCGGUCUACUGGUAUAACCACCUAUUAUGUUGAAAUUUCUGAUUCGUCUUGUGCUACUGCCAGCUGUACAGGAGAAACUAGGACCUUGACAUACACCGACUUGGAAACUGUCGCAAGUGACGUCCUGAAUGCAUUUCAGAAUGGCAUCAUAUCCUCACUUUUGAACGUCACCGUCAAUGGAAUGAGCAUUGCUGAAGUUAUUCCACCAGUAAAUGACGCUAGCUGGCAGACAUUUGUUGAAAUGUCAACUUCAGAGCGUAUUGUCCAGGUGAUAGACUCCUUCAGUUUCUUCAGCACUAUCGUGUCAGGAGCCGAAGGAAGUGCCUUUACCCAGCAACCCAAACUACAUUUCAUGGACAUUGCAGGUGUUCAUGUGUCUUCAUUGGGUGUGGCUGCUGUUCCAUGGAGGGUGGAGGCUGUUCUGAGGUCUGGGUCUGGAUCAAACAUUUUGACAACCUUGGCAGGAAAUACCACCGUAGAGUUUGUCAAUGGGUGGGCAAACUUCACUGACCUUUCACUGAGCCAUAGUGGAUCUGGUUUCAUCAUUGACUUCAAUAUUAUAUUUCCGGAGUCCAACUUCACCUUGGAAUCUGAUCCUCUGAUGGUGACCUUACGACCUUUCAAGGUUGACCUGGCUUAUAGCGCUGGUGAUGUUUACACAAACAACCUACAUGAGUUGAGGUUCAAGGUCGUAGACACCAGUACCAACACCAAAGUUGAUAACUUGGUGUGGAAUGGUGGAGUUUGGUCAGCAAUGGUAACUGCCUCCACUACAAGCGGUUACCAAGGAGCUCUCGUUGGUACAACAUCAGCAAACUUCAACCCUGGAACAGGUGAGGUGACCUUUAAUGACCUUGCCUUUGACACUGCGGGUGUCCAAGUCUUGACCAUCACAGUCACAUCGACAACAGGCUACUCCCUCACCAUGGAACAUGACGUCAUAAUCCGAAGUUCUGCUCUGCAGUCUCUGGUGCCGGAUGUCUCGCAGGUGUUGUCUGUUAAGUAUGACAUUGAUUUCAAUACGUAUGGCAAUCUGGACUUUGCUGCUGGAGUAUUCUUGAAUCCAAAGAUGGCACUGCAUCCAAAUAUCCUCUUCUCGAACUUGGCUGUUUCUGAAGGGAGUGUGGUUAUCUCGGUGUCCGUUUCUGGUAACACGACCACUGUUAGUGAUAUAUAUACCAGUGUAUGCAGCGACAUUUCCACAGGAUCUACUUUCACCUACAACGGUACAACCUUCGCCUUGUCCUCCACCAUGACGGUCGAUGGUCAACAAUACUACGGAGUGAAUUGUGAGGAAGAGUCACAGGUGGCAGAGGAAUCUUCAAAAAUUGGUCUUAUUAUUGGAUUGGUCAUCGGUCUUUUAGCUGUACUGAUACUGAUUGGCGUCAUCAUCGUUUGGAAAGUCAAAAUUCUUCCCAAGACAAAAACACACAAAUUGACCACGAAAGAGGAUGAGGUAAGGUACUUUGGAACAGUGUCCCCUGUUGAGGAUAUCUUGUGGAGGGAGCAGUCAUUCAUGAGUAUCCGAGAGAAAGGACUGCCAGACAAACCUAUGCCAGGUUUGAGCACACACAUCGGAGGCCGCACCACACCAAUGUUUUGAACAUCCGAGUAACAAAAAAAAAAAUCUCAAGAAGAUGCGGGGAUUUCUUAUUGUGAAUUUACCAGCAGUGACAAUUUAGUGAUGUCACACCAAAUAUAACUAUUUUUCAAUUUUUUUUCUCUUAAUUAAAAUAUUUGCAGGUGUUGUAGGUGGAUAACAGACCAAACUUUACACCUAUGUACAAAAUCAAUUUAAAAAAAAAAGAAAAUUGAUUAUUAGAAGUGAAUAUAAUUAAUUAGGGCCGACAAAAAUGUAUAGGAUAAUUCGAACUGUUUGGCCAUUUUUUCAAAGAUAGAAAAAUAAGCUUUUUUAUGACACUCUGGAGAGAUGAUAAGUUGACAAGUCCUAGGACUGUUUGUUUUGCUGUGUACAAUAUUUAUAGAGAAAUAUGCUAGGUUUUGCUUGUAAUAUGUAUUUAAAAAUGAUUGGCAAACAGCUGGAGCAAAAACAUGAGAACUUUGAAAAAGAUUUGUUUUUUUCUUUGUUUUAAUAUAUUUGAUUUCUUAAUGACUGCUUUGAGUUAAACUGUUUGUUCAAACUACUCAUUAAAUAUGUAGAGAGCCUGUUUUAAUAUUCAGUUCAACUUGAACUAAACAGACAACGUCUGUUGUUUUUGUAAUUAGUAAAUGACGGUUGAACUUACCUAAUAUAUAUAAUUUACCCUGUACCUGUUUUGUUUGACAUUUUUGUUUUUUUGUUUAUAUUAUUCACCGACAAAAUUCCUUAAAGGGAAAGCUUUGUGUUAAGUCUGGAGACGGGAUAUGCACUAAUAACAUCGCCUUUUUUUUCAAAUUAAAAUAAAAUCUUUAAUGAUAUUAACAAAUUAUCUGUAGCAGUAAUUUAUGCCACUUUUGACAACAACAAUUAUUGUUUGAUUAAAUAAAUAAAAAUAUUGAUUAAGAAUUGUUUGGAAUAAGCUUGAUCUUUAUAUUUUUGUACUAAAUGCGUGUUUUGAAUUAUGUAGCUGUGAUAUUUUUACAUAUUUAGAUUUAUUUUCUCGUAAGAUAAGAACUCCCCAUUCUCUCUACCAAUGUGAUAGUGAUUUGUUUAAAAACUUCAGUGAUGUGUGAUUUUACUUAUAUUUCGUAAUUUUUAUGAAAUUGAAAAUUUAUUUAAUCAUUGAAUGUAUGCUGUACAAUCUUUAUCAAAGAAAUUUCCUCCCAAGUAUUUAUGGUCCAAUCUGAGCUAAACAGGUGAUAUUUGAUCAAUGUCAUUGUUUGGUUAUGAUGGUUGGUUUUGUAAAUUUAUAAAUAUUUUGGUACUUUAGAUUAUUCAUCAGAUAUUUGAUAAACAUUAAAACUAUGAAGAUUCAAGUUAAAAAACA